GCGUAAAUACGGCUCCACAAUUUCGGGGACCUUGAUAAGCUUCUAGUUGCGUUCUGAUUGUGAGACUGGCACGAUCGCAAGAAGGAGGAUGUGCAAAUUGGUGUGUUUUCUAGUGUUGAGCUCGUUAUGUUUGCCGGAGUUUGUCCUACCUCAGGCAACGUAUCAGUGUGGCAUCAGGCAGCACGGGGUCCUUCCUCUGGUCAGUGAGGGUAAUCAGGUGGAAGAGGGCCAUUGGCCAUGGCACGCGGCCGUGUAUCAGAGGCUGAAAGGUGACGAUCCGUUCAAGUAUGGCUGCGGAGGAACUUUGGUCAACGAGAGGCACGUCCUGACGGCAGCCCAUUGCGUGGUUAAGCGGAUAUCUCGCAAUCAGUUACCCGCAAUUACGUACGAGAUCGAGCUCCAUUUCGGUCAGCACCAACUGUCGAAUGUGACCGAUAGCGUGAUAAUUCGGGACGUCAGUAAGGCUCACGUUCAUCCGGAAUAUGCGCUCAAUAGGAAUGAUAUCGCUGUGCUGGCAAUGCGAUUGCCAGUGGACUACUCCGAUACUGUGAUUCCGAUCUGUCUAGAUCAAAAGGUGGACCGUGACCUAAGGGAGUUGGAAGGUCAACGAGGCUGGAUCACAGGGUGGGGAAAGACAGAGAAUGGAAACCUUUCGGAUGUUCUCCAGACGGCGUCGAUGCCUGUGGUUAGUUACGUUAACUGCCUGAAGGACGAUCCGUUACUUUAUGGACAUAUUUUGAAUGAAAAUGUGUUCUGCGCUGGAAAUAAGAAUAAAACUGGCCCAGGACCGGGAGACAGUGGCGGUGGAAUGUACAUCAGUGAUGGCGAUCGUUGGAUACUCAGGGGAAUCGUUUCGCUCGGAAAGUAUAACGAGCUGAAGCAAGAAGUCGACCCGUUAAAGUACACUGUGUUUGUCAACGUUCAACCGUACCUAACGUGGAUCAAGGAGGUUAUUGCCGAGAGUGAGCCCCGUAAGAACAGAAGACAGAAGCGGAUUAGUGAACUGGAAUGCGAAAGAUUCCAGAGCCUAUCAAUGAAACUACGCAACGGUGAUUGCGUCAACAACAGAUACCGGCACGAUGUGUUGAUAUAUAAUGGCGAGAAUUUGGUAUGCAAUGGUGUUUUAGUUGAGGAAAACCAUGUAAUAACAACUUGCAGCUGCAUACGUUCAAAGAAAUUCGUUGUGGAGUAUCUGCCUUUGAGUGUAGUGAUUGACGCAUACGGAACUUUCGACGUUUUGGAAAUGUUUUGUCAUCCAAAACAUAUUGGCUACAGGAAAAACUACGAUAUAGCUGUUUUAAAGUUGGAAGCAAGUAUCGUACUCAGCUACACCAUGAUUCCCGCAUGUUUGGCAAAUAACUGGACCGAAAAUCUAUACGACAUUCUCGUACAGACUUUGUUUGUCAGUGAACCGACCAGUACCUUUGAACAGGGUAAACAUUUGACGCUCAUUGAGUCGACAAACAACCGACUCACGUUGGAGAAAGAAUGCACAGGUAGAAAUAAAGCUGGGAAUCGAUAUGAACCAAGAUAUGAACAUAUAUUCAACAGAUCUGUUCGAACCGGUGAACUAUGCGUUAACGGUUCUGAUCAUACGUUGUACAAAACUUACGCUAAAUUGAUCGAAACAGCAUCAUCUGGUGCCGUACUACAGACGUUCAACAGGCGAUCUUGCGUGUCCACAAUAGUUGGACUUCUGAUUCGCAAUGUGAAAAAGAAGGAUUUGCCUAGUCCAUCUUGGGUUGAUAUAUACGCGCGUAUUUCCUCACAUUUGGACUGGAUUGAGCAGAACGUUUGGAAUGUGACACCGAGAGUUGAUCCAGUGCCCAUUUUAGGACCAGAAUUUAGAAGGUUGAUUUACGGAGAUCUUCAUACCCAAUAUAAUGUGGAAAUUCUGCACUGGAGUUCGAACUCCAGUGAAUUCGAACCAAGAUGCAGCGGCACCGUAAUGAGCGUGAAGCACGUUCUGACAGCGGCACAGUGCGUCAUGAAUCAAACCAUCGGCAAACCAUUGGCAGCGGAUACAUUUGAACUACGUUUUGGUGAGUACCGUAAGGGCCAACGUACUGUAAACGAGUAUGUACGAUACGUCAGCGAAGUUCAUGUCCAUCCGGAGCGCUUGGUUAACGAUAUCGCCAUACUGGUAGCCAGCUGGCCGGUCAGAAAAACAGAAUAUGUUGCGCACAGCUAUUUUAUGAACAGCACUGAUUAUACGUAUUCUGAUGUAAACGAAGUCGUUCUCAAUGGGUGGAGUAUAGGGAAGACAGGCAUCCCAAACAAUGGCUCUAAAGAUUACUUUUCCUUCAGUACCGAGAUAAGACAGUCAUGCGUUCAAAACAUAUCCGCCUGCACUAACAUCCUUAUUUUGGACCGACAGAAAUGUUUAGAAGUCGGGCUGAGGCUCUCUGCGAACCAGUUUUGCGCCGGAUAUUCCAAUGAGGAAGUGCGUAUCCUUGCUGACCGUGGCUCUGGAAUGCGAUUGUACAUCAAUUUUGCAUACGUUUUGGCAGGAGUCGUAUCAUCAGAAAUGACAGGUAAUGAUACCAAAACCUACACAAUCCUUACGAACGCUGAGCCGUACGUUUCGUGGAUCAAUGGAAUCAUGUCUAGCGGAAAAACGAAAAGAAUCAGCGAGAGAGAGUGUGAACGUUUUAGCAGCCAUAUCACCAAACAUAGAGGAGCUUGUUGGCAUUUGUUGGGACAUAUUGUCAAACUUUACGAUAUUAUUCGAAAAUAUGUUUGCGUUGGUGUACUCGUGAGAGAAAAUCGAAUAUUGACUUCUUGUCAAUGCACACGGUACCCGAAUCGACCGUCAAAGGCAAAACUAUCGGAUGCCACAUUUAUCAAUAUCACCAAAAAGUUUUGCCAUCCGAACUACAACUCCACCAGUUUCCAGCACGACUUGGCAAUUCUUGAACUAGCAACUCCGGUUGAUCCAAAGAUGAUCGAGAUAGCCUGUUUGGCGAACGUCCGCACAGAACAACUCCUGGACGCCGUGGUACAAACCGCGUCUCUUCAGAAAGCCAAGUGGAAAUCACCCUACUAUGCAUCCACGUAUGAGUACUUCGGCACAGAGCAAGAAUGCGCUAGAGUACUGCAACCGCCCCAUAAUGACACCUUUCUGAAGCCCGGUCAAACUUGUGUGAUCAACAACCAUUUCAAAAAAGACCUAUUUAGCGGAAGUUUGUUCCAGUCUGUGGACAAUCGAAACUGUACUUUCACAGUGGUCGGAAUUGGAAGCACUGCCGUACACAACCGGGGUCUCAUUGCUGGGCGGGCGGGUGCCAAGUUCAACAUUGGCAUUGUGCAUCGCGUAGCCUACUAUCUGGAUUGGAUCGAGCAGGUCGUUUGGCAAGAAGAGUUCGGGAUUCAACACAAGUGGAGACUGGUGAAUACGGCGCGAAACGCUGCUGCACGAAAGAUUCAAGUGAAUGUCUUGAGUUUUGCUGUGCUCGUCUUGGGCGUUCACUUUCUGGUGCAUUCAAUGUAAAAAAGUUAUGUUUACAUAAAAAAAACAAUACCACUUGAAUGAUGUCGUAAAUAAUUCAGAACACUUUAUAGUACCGACUGAAAUGAUACUCUGGUUUAAGGUGAAACGGGACGCCGUGUUAUUUUUCCUAUCUUGCCUCUCUUUCUAACAAUUUGCCUCGCGAUUUUAAAGAUGGUAAUCUCGAGUUCUAUCGCACUGAAGAUGCUGAGAAACAAUCAGCAUAUGCACUGCAAGUGAGCAUACACAGUGAUAGGUUUUUGUUGCAAAAUAUGAAGUAGAAUCUGAGAUUACCAUCUUAGUAGCAACAGAGCAAUGGCGGAUAUUUACCCGACCGUCCCGUCCGCGCUUAAGCGAACAGAUUGGCCACACCUUCAAAGAAACUUUAUCUUAUUAGAAAAA